AGAGCAAGAGGCACGGAGGAGGAAGCUGUAUUGAUGGAUUUGUGGGCUUGCACCCUGCUUCAGCGUGGCACUCGGAAGGCAGCACGAGGCAGACCUGUGCACUGAAAUGCAGUCGUUUUGACGUUCAAAUUCAUCUUCCUUCCUGUAAGAGAGGAUUCUAAUAACUCGGUGUCAAAGCCAAGACAUAGACUCAACCUCUUCACUUCCAACAGCUCGGGGGAUCAGGACAUGGAAGCUGUCGCCAAGUUUGAUUUUAUGGCCUCAGGGGAAGAUGAACUGAGCUUUCACACAGGAGACGUUCUGAAGAUCUUAAGUAACCAGGAGGAGUGGCUCAAGGCGGAGCUUGGAAGCCAAGAAGGAUAUGUGCCUAAGAAUUUUAUAGACACCCAGUUUCCUGAGUGGUUCCAUGAAGGCCUCUCGAGACACCAGGCAGAGAACUUACUUAUGGGCAAGGAAGUUGGCUUCUUCAUCAUCCGAGCCAGCCAGAGCUCCCCAGGAGACUUCUCCAUCUCUGUCAGACACGAGGAUGAUGUUCAACACUUCAAAGUCAUGCGAGAUAACAAAGGCAGUUACUUCCUGUGGACUGAGAAGUUUCCAUCCCUGAAUAAACUGGUGGAUUACUACAGGACGACUUCUAUCUCCAAACAGAAGCAGAUCUUUCUUCGGGAUGGAACCCGAGAAGAUCAGGGUCACCGGGGCAACAGCCUGGACCGAAGGUCCCAGGGAGGCCCUCACCAAAGUGGGAGUGCAGAAGAAAGCCGGCCUUCUAUGAACCGGAAGCUGUCUGAUCACCCUCCUCCCCGUACCCAACAGUACCACCAGCACCAGCAGCCACCCUCCCAGUUCCCUCCGGGGCCACAGCCCCCUCCACAGCAGCGGUAUCUGCAGCACCCCCAUUUUCACCAGGACCGCCGAGGAAGCAGCCUGGACAUAAAUGAUGGGCAUUGUGGCACAGGCAGCGAGAUGAACACUGCCCUGAUGCACCGGAGACACACAGACCCUGUGCAACUCCAGGUGGCAGGGCGUGUCCGCUGGGCCCGGGCACUAUAUGACUUUGAGGCUCUGGAGGAGGACGAGCUGGGAUUCCACAGUGGAGAGGUAGUCGAGGUCCUGGACAGCUCCAAUCCAUCCUGGUGGACCGGCCGUCUGCACAACAAACUGGGCCUCUUCCCUGCCAACUAUGUGGCCCCCAUGACAAGAUGAGUACUUUUGGUGGCCUAGGGACUUUUUGUCUGAAGUGGUCUGAAAGACAGGGUGCAAG